AUGAGGAUCCACGGCACUGAAUCUUGUGACUUCAAGAACAUGAAAUCUCUGGUUAAAUGGUACAUCCCCAACCUCAUAUUCUCAGGACACAGUCAACUUGAGCUGAGAUAUAUACUGCCUUUAGAAAACGUGAACAAAUUCCCAGAUCUGUUCAGUGACCUCAACAGCUUCUCCAACCAGGGAAUUAUCCAUUACGGAGUUAGCAUGACAACCCUGGAGGAUGACUUCCUAAGACUGGAAGAAGAAGCCACAGUGGAUCUAGAAGCGACGCUGAGUCAGGGGGAGAAAUCAGUCAUUAUUGUCAGCAAUCUUUGCAAGGAAUAUAAAAUAAAGCAAGCUGGUUCAGUUUUUAAGAAGAAGAAGAAAAUAGCCACCAAAAAUGUUUCCUUCUGUGUUAAAAAAGGAGAAGUAUUAGGACUUCUGGGGCCCAACGGAGCUGGUAGAAGCACAGCUAUCAAAAUGGUUACUGGAGAGACAACACUGACUGCUGGGAAGGUGCUGAUGAAGAGGGGAGAUGGAGCAACCUUCCACCUCCAGGACCACACAUCCGCCUUCCUGAGGUACUGCCCGCAGGAGGACUCGCUCUGGCCGGACCUCACUGUGCACGAGCACCUGCAGGUCUAUGUGACCAUGAAAGGGGUGUCCAAGGAGGAUACGGCUGCUGCUGUCAACAGGAAGAUGAUUCGUGCUGCCUUGAAAGCCAAGCAGACGGGAGCCAUCCUGAAGAUGCACUACAUGGAGGAGGCAGAGGCGGUGUGCAACCACGUGGCCAUUAUGGUGUCCUGGCAGAUACGGUGCAUUGGCUCCAUUCAGUACCUGAAGAACAUGUUUGGGAAAGGUUAUCUACUGGAAAUUAAGGUCAAGCAUCAAGAGCGCGCUGAUCUUCUCCAUGCUGAGAUCUUGAGGAUUUUCCCAAGUGCAGCACGUCAGGAGUGGUAA